UUACACUGGCAAAUCUGUUUUAUAUGUUGGCUUCUAUUUACUGUUAGGGUACAUGUGAAAUUUGUUUCCUAAUAGUCUACCGAAUUAAACUGGUAUUUGGGGUUGUGUUUUUUUUUUAAAUUGCUACAUUUAAAUUGUUGUUUUUUAUUUUUGACCUCAUUCCACAGUGGGUGUGAUACAGUCAUUUUAAGCCGUGUAAACCACAGAUCAGUGGCAUUAAACUCCUUGUCUGAAAAAAAUCAAUAAGAGCCUCCCUGACUCACCGAACCACUGCAUUUCAGCUGCUCCUUCCAUUAUAUUACCACACUGUGUGUUUGCUCCCCCUCUAUAACUGUUCAAACUCACAAUGCGCCCUGGACCGCUUUAUUCAGGCUCACAACCUCCCUGCCUUGUUAUUGGUCCCCAGAGGAUGCGUUGACGGCUGAUUGGAGGAAAGUUUCUCCUCUUGUCCACACACCCCACCCGACAGAUAUCCGUGAUUCGCUCCUCCUGUGAUUCCAGUUGUUUUCACGUUCUCUCCUGAACAAAGACUCUGUCCUUUUUCAUCCCGGCUCCAGAGUGAUGUGCAACUAACGGAGGGAGUCAGCAGCCGAAGUUAGAGCGAAGAAGCGAGGUGCAGAAAUACACCUGACCUCCCCAAGAGUAGAAACCAGAAGGGUUGUUAAAAAAAGUUCCCAGUUAGAGUUGACUGAACAUUCAGAGUGAAAAUGGUGUCGGCUGGACUGGAGAUCAUGGGGCUGUCGCUGUGCGUCAUCGGCUCGCUCCUGGUGAUGGUUGCGUGCGGACUGCCUAUGUGGAAGGUGACGGCUUUCAUCGAGGCCAACAUCGUGGUGGCCCAGACCAUUUGGGACGGUUUGUGGAUGACGUGCGUGGUCCAGAGCACGGGUCAGAUGCAGUGUAAGGUGCACGACUCGGUCCUCGCACUCACCCACGACCUGCAGGCGGCCAGAGCGCUCACCGUCAUCUCGUCGGUGAUGGGUGUCCUGGGGCUCAUGGUGGUCAUCGCCGGGGCGCAGUGUACUAACUGCAUCCGCGCCGAGUACGUCAAAGCUCGGGUGGUGAACGCCGGAGGAGUCAUCUACAUCAUCAGUGGCCUCUUUGUGCUGGUGCCGCUCUGCUGGAUGGCCAACACCAUCAUUUCAGAUUUCUACAACCCUCAGGUGCCCUCAUCCAAGAAGAGGGAGAUAGGCGCCGCGCUCUACAUCGGCUGGGCCGCCGCGGCGCUGCUGCUCAUCGGUGGGUCGCUGCUGUGCUGCUCCUGUCCCUCCAGUGGAAACACGGGAUACUCGGUAAAAUACGCACCGACCCAGAGGGCCUCUCAGAACGGGGACUAUGACAAGAGGAAUUACGUGUAGCCGGCGUUUGGCUGAAGGCAGGCGGUGCGUAAAGGUGACGUGCGGUGUUUUUUAACGGACGUUUUCUUUGCACCUGCAUGCAUCAAAAUCUGAAGUGAACAUCAAAUGGGAUCAGAUGUUUUAACUUCAACACAGACUCAGACAGCCCAAUGCCCACAGCCCUUUUUUGUAUCCACAGGAGAUUGCUUUUCCGACAGAGAAACUGAAGAAUCUCGAGAGGUAGAAUCUCAAACACAAACUAAGUAUCUUUGUUAGGUACCUGCUUUAAAAAAAGUCUUGGAAAUGAUUAGUAUAUAUAUUUCUAAUUUGUCUACUGUUGUAUCUACGAAGCUGUUCUUUUGUAGAGAAACUUUUUGUCAGUUAAAUGUACAAACACUGUUCGCCUGCCUGGAUGUGAACUGUAACUGAGACGAAUUGCACUCUCGUAGACCUGGACUUCCAGGACUUCGAGAACGUCCACUAUAAAAACGGACAUUCAUAGUGAAACCCUGGCAGGCUUUUGUUUUGGUGGAGUUGCUGGUGUGGACUAUUUUUGGACCAAUACAUUCUGGAAAGCCUGGAGUCCCUAAAGGCCACAUAAUGAAAUGUUACAUUCCUUUAAUUCAAUUAUAUUGAAAUCUGCAUGUUUUUCUCUCCCAUUACUGUCUCUAAAAAAGUGUUCUAUCCUUUUUUUAUUCAAGGAAUAAAGGUUGUUUUUCUUGGUU